AUAAUAAUAAUAUAAUACUUGUGCUAGAAGUAAGAGUACUCCUAGGUUCUUAUAGUCUUCAUUAAAUUUCAUAGGAUUGCGCCGUCUGCUACAUAUACAUUAACAGUAUCAAAACCCUUCACCACACACUACCUCAACUCUUUUUUUUCUCUCAUCUUCUUGUUCAUAACAUCAUAAAUACACAUCAGAAUCAUAUAGAUCAUAAAAACACUAAACUUUUGCUGUUUUUUUCACCUUCUUUUCAUGGUUUGAUCUUUCAUCUUAUUGUUUAUCUAUUUUUUGAAGACCUGAAAAUUUAAGAUAUGGGUUUGAGUUCCAAACAAGUGAUUUCCAGCAGUGGACUUGAUUGGAAACAAACCUUAUUAGAAUCUCAAGAUUUGGAACUUCCAAAGCCUCAUCAUCUAAUGAGAAAACAGCAACAAAAUCCUCAGCAGCAACAAUCAGCAGAACAUUUGAAGUGUCCAAGAUGUGACUCAACAAACACCAAGUUUUGUUACUAUAACAAUUACAACAAGUCUCAGCCUCGCCAUUUUUGUAGAGCUUGUAAAAGACACUGGACUAAAGGUGGAACUCUACGCAAUGUUCCUGUUGGUGGUGGCAGAAAGAAUAAGAGAAUCAAAAAACCAACCACACCAGUUACUUCUUCCACCACUACUGCCACCACCUCAAUUCAAACGCCUCUUCAAAAUAUGAUGAUGAUGAACACCAGAGACUUAUUAGUAGAAAGCAAAGAUUUUGGCAUGUUUAGUACUACUUGUUCAACUUUACCUAUUCCUCCUCAUCAAAAUCAAAGCUUGCUCUUUCCCUUUUCAACCUCCUCAAGCUCUUUUGACACAACCACUUGUUCAUCUUCCAAUGUUUAUUACUAUGGACAAGAGUUUAAAACAAUGGAGGAACAGGAACAGGAACAGGAAGCUAUAAUUCCUAACACAAAGCCAUGGGAGAUACCGAUGGCGAUACCGACAUCAUUACCAUUACCAGCAACAAGUGGUGGCAUGGAAGCUUCAAAGUAUUGGAAUUGGGAAGACAUUGAUUCAUUGGUAUCAGCUGAUUUAAAGGAUCCUUAUUGGGAUGAUUCUGAUAUCAAACCAUGAAACCAAAAGAACAAGAAGAAAAAGUAACAUCAACAUGUGAUAGUGUCUUGUUAGUUGUUACUGUCCAUAGAUUAAUUAGUCUAUUUAAUUUAAUUGGGGUGUAAUUUUGUGUUUUUUCAUACAGAUAAUUAAGCAAGUGUUGUUGUUAAUUUCCCAAAUGGGACAUGUUAAUUAUCUUGUGCUGUUUUUUUCUGCAUAUGUAAUUCUUACUAAAAAAACAGUAUUUGGAUUGAAGCUGUCAUGUUUUAGUUUCAGCUUCAGGUUCAAGAAAAGGGUCCCAAAUAGCUGUAAUCCACUCACUUUGCAUC